AUGUUGGUCAAGGAGAUUCGAGAGGUAAUGCUGUUGGGAGAUGAAAAGUUUGCAAGAUUGAGGAUGGUAAGAUGGACGCGCUCCACGCGGCCGUUUUGA